CCAAAUCCAGCAAUCUAUUUAUUCAUAUUCGUAUCAUGCUGCUUGUCCGUCUUCUGUUUGCCAAUCAAAUCCAAUAGCGACGGCAGAAGUUCUUCGGUCUUUGAUCAUGCCCCUUCUUCUUUCAUUCGUUUCCAAAGAUGUUUCCUCUUCCUAUUUUCUCUUUCUUCAGUUAUGGAAGGCUUAUGGGAAGUAUUUCGAGAAUAUGAGAUGGCAUACAAUGGCAUUAGUAGGGAGCAGAUGAUUGUUUCUCUGUGUCUUGGAUAUGCAGCUGCUCUCUUUGUUGGUACAUUUCUAGGCAUGCUCUCUGAUUUGAUUGGCCAGAAAAAAGUCUGCUUGUUAUUCUGCUCGCUGCACCUUUUUAUUGCCAUAUGGAAGAGGGUAACUGCAGAUCCAAGCGUUUGGCUUGCUAGCAUCUGUCUCUCUCUUGCGUCAACGAUCUUUUUCUUUAACUUUGAAACAGGGAUGGUUGUUGAGCACGAUAAGCUGGGACAGAGGCAAGACUUGAUGAAUGACAUGUUUUGGUUAAUGGCUUUUGCUGAAUCUUCAUCUUUCAUUGGAAGCCAAGUGCUUGGGAAUUGGUUAAUUGGUGGUAAUGGAAAGAGAAGCAUGCUUUCUCCUUCCGGUGCAGUUGUGCUGUUGGCUUUUAUUGCUCUGAUUCACGUUAGCCGGGGGUGGAAGGAAGAUCCAAAAUCAACUAGUCUUAAGGAUUAUCACACUAAAUUUCAUACAUAUAUACUCAGUGGACCUUUUCCUAUCAUGUACAUAUACAAUAAUGUGGGCGGAGUCACCAAUGGUGGUUGGAUAGCGGUGAAAGUUAUGGACUUUUUCCUGUUGUGUUCAACUGUUCAUGCAUUCCAUAUUGAACUCAAUGGGCUCACAUUACCAAAAGAUUUAAGUGACAUAAGUAUCUCCAUAGAGUAA